AUGAUGAUGACGCAUAGCCCCUUAGCUACGUCGACGGCCAAGGAUUCCAGUUCGACGGCUACAGAUAGAAGCCAUGACCUCCUUACAUCGACUCGUGGGACACUUUCGGACCUAGGAACUGGUAAACAAAAAUCGAUGACAAACCCUGGAACGGUCACGGUUAAACCAGUGGACAAGAGAAGCUGGGACUAUUUAAUACGCAGCGGUUUGGCGGGGGGGCUGGCAGGAUGUGCAGCAAAAACUAUCGUAGGCCCCCUAGAUCGGGUCAAAAUCCUGUUUCAAACCUCGAACCCCCAAUUCGCGAAAUAUUCGAACAGUUGGUUUGGCGUAGCUUCGGCGAUGAAGACUAUUAACAACACUGAAGGAGUUCGCGGCCUGUUCAGAGGCCAUUCGGCUACCUUACUUCGGAUAUUCCCUUAUGCUGCCAUUAAAUUCAUAGCAUACGAGCAGAUUCGUGCCGUUAUAAUACCCUCAAAGAAGCACGAAACUCCCUUCCGACGACUGAUUAGCGGUAGUUUAGCCGGCAUCACCUCCGUAUUUUUCACUUAUCCCCUAGAACUUAUUAGAGUACGAUUGGCAUUCGAAACAAAGCAAGGAUCUAGAUCGUCCUUGCGAAAUAUAUUCAACCAGAUAUAUAACGAAAGAAGUUCUGUUACUGCUUCCACUGACGCUGCCACAUCGACAGUAUCUUCUGCGGUUGAGAAAGUUAAACCUCGGCUUGGACUUGCAAAUUUCUACCGCGGUUUCUCGCCUACCAUGCUCGGUAUGCUACCAUACGCAGGCAUGUCUUUUCUCACACACGACACAGUUGGCGAUUGGCUGCGUCACUCCAGUAUAGAAAAAUUCACCACCAUUCCGAAUUCAGGAAAAGACACCCCACACGGCCAGGAACAGUCGCGCUCUCAUCGGCCACAAUUAACGGCCUCUGCCGAAUUAUUCUCUGGUGCCGUUGCAGGACUCAUAUCCCAGACAUGCUCAUACCCAUUGGAAGUUAUCCGGCGGCGGAUGCAGGUUGGAGGUGUGGUAGGUGACGGUCAUGUUCUCAGUAUCAGAGAAACUGCGCAGAAGAUCUUCCUUGAACGUGGAUUCAAAGGGUUUUUCGUUGGUUUGACUAUCGGCUACAUGAAAGUGAUACCGAUGGUAGCGACCAGUUUCUUUGUCUACGAGAGAGGGAAAUGGUGGCUGGGAAUAUGA